CAACAAAAAUCUUUUUCUGGAAAAUCAAAACAUACUAAACAUAACAGAUCAAAUGACUUUGGGGUGUCAAUAUUUUGUCAUUCCGUUGUGGAGAGGAAAUGGAUAUACAACCAUGUUUUCUCAAGUGAAGAUCCCACACAUAAUUUUCACUGGGCUGGAAGAUUAUAAAGCUCGAGGAACUCAGGCAUCCCCGUAUUUUACUGUUACACACUACACAGAAUUUACAGACACCAAAGAUUUGGUACUUGUUCGUGGAGACGUAGUAUUUACCAGCAAGCUCACUGACGAGGAAGCAAAAGUGCUUUUGGAGACCACUCAAUCUUUUUACCUUAAUGAUGUGAGGUACAAGUUGGUGGAACGGUUCAACAAACAGAUUCAUGACUUUGAGUUCAAGGAUGUAUUGCAGGCCUUGGAAAUGCCUUCAAUGUAAUUUUUUAUUUUCCAGCAAAAUCAUACUCAGGGUCACUCAAUUCAGUAUAUUUUUGGGGGAACUAAUACUUAGAAUAAAAACUCAUGAUUAGUUGGGUUUUUG